AUGGAAUUAUCUUUCCGUACAGCGGCCGUGAAAGGGCUAAGGAAGAAGAAGGUGUGGUUGAAGGCAGACGAAGCCAUGGUCACCAAGCCCGGUUCUAAAUCCUGCGGGUUUGAGAAUCUCACUGAGGAUCUAUUGAUGGAGAUACUGGUGAAGUUAUCAGCUAAACAGGUGACGAGGUCAAUGUGCGUCUCAAAACUUUGGUAUUCCGUAAUCUCCUCUCGCUAUUUUACCAACCUUUUUCUUGAAUCCUCAUCAAUGACGUCCAAACGACCGCGUUUACAUAUGUAUCUUGUGAGAAAAAGAUACCUACUUAAUUAUACGUGUCUUACAUCAUCGUCGCUUGAUGAUCACUUGGAUACGCCUGUCUUUGUAUUCGACGAAACUCUGGACAUGCCAGGACUGGGAGGCUAUUUCGUGAAUGCUCUUCGUGGCUUGCUCUGUGUUAGGCUUGGGAGAUGUGUGCGAAUCUGUAACGUCACCACCAAGCAGCUGCUUAGCACAGUUUGGAAGGGGAGCAAGGGAGAGGGCAUAAUGAGAUCCGAGCAUCAGAUGUUGGUACUUGGUCCUGAAGCUUAUUGGAGAAACACUUAUAACAUCAGUACUCAUCCUCAUCGUCCUGACUCACAAGGUAUCUUCAUCAACGGUGUGUUGUAUUAUGGAGCUUGGAUUUACAAGAACACAUGUGUGGUUAUGAGUUUUGACUUUGCUUAUGAAGAGUUUGAUUUUAUUGAAUUACCUGUUGAGGCUGGCAUUGUCUGGCAAAAAUAUUGCGCGACCCUCAUCAAUUACGGAGGCAAGUUAGCUGUGUUAGAAUACUCCAAGCUUUCAUCUAAUGCGAGCGUGGACCUGUGGGUUAUGGAGAGUGCAGAGGAUAUGAAGUGGUCAAACAAGAAUAUUGUUUUACCUCUUUCACAAAUGGAUUUUUUCCAUGGCGAUAAGUUGGAGAUACAAUGCAUGAGUCGAUGCGGUGAGAUUAGGCUACUAAAGACAGAGACGAUAUGGACUCCAACAACACCCUCUGUCAUAUAUGAUUUGGAGAAGAAAAAGAUAACAAGAAGCCUUGAAAUAAAAAGUUCCUUGUAUUUGUAUUGGAAUUUCCAUACGACUUUUUGGGAGGAUGAUAUUGAGAGCAUUAUGUACUUGGAGACCUAG